AUGGGUCUGUCCAAUCUCACACUUCUCCUGGAGGCUGCUGCUGGCCAGGGGGGCAGCGGAAAUGUCGUCUGUUACGCCCCCCACAACACGAGACAACCCACCUUCCAUUCCUAUCAUCGCUUCCCUCGGGGCCGCGUGGUUCUCAUCCAUUUCGAUACCCACUGGGAAAACAUCCUCUGGUUUUGGGCCGUCUUGCUGGCCGGCUGUGUCCCAGCCAUGUCCACCGCGCUGUCCAACAAUCCCACGGCGCGUAUACUGCAUCUAGAGCACCUGGUUUCCCUGUUGCAGGGUCCGGGCUGUCUGACCGCCGCGUCCAAGCUGGCAGAGUUUGGAUAUCAAGACGGUAUCAUGCCUACUGCGGUCGAGUCCCUGAGCAGCGAUAUGGGCAAUGCCUCAGCUGCAGAGCUGGACAAUGUCCACCGCACCGCGGGCGCCGACGAGCUCGCGUUCUUGAUGAUUACCUCGGGCAGCACCAGCCAUGCCAAAGCCGUCAUGUUUACCCACGGCCAGGUCUUCACGGCGCUGGCCAGCAAGUACGAGGUAAUGCCGCUGCCGGAGCGCAGCUCGUUCCUGAACUGGGUUCGCUGCGACCACGUUGAAGCUAUUCUCGAAAUCCACCUUCAGGCCAUGUUCGCACGCAAAGACCAAGUGCAUGUGCAGGCGCUGGACGUCUUGUCCCAGCCCCAUGCGUUUCUCGAUAUCGUCGACCGCCACCGCGUCUCUCGCACCUUUGCGCCCAACUUCUUCCUCGCGCGCAUGCGCACCAUGCUCGAGGGCCACGGCGCUGAAGAGCCCAACCGCUGGGACCUGUCCUGUCUGCGAUACAUUGUCUCCGGCGGUGAGGCAGUGGUCAUCAAAACAGCUGCUGAUGUCGAAACCCUGCUGACGCGCUAUGGGGCACCUGCAAAGACCAUUUUCCCGGGCUUUGGCAUGACCGAGACAUGCGGCGGUGCUAUCUACAACAUGCACUUCCCUCAGUACGACACUGACCGAGGGCUGGAGUUUGCAUCCCUGGGGAAAUGUGUGCCGGGGCUCAGCAUGAGAGUCUCACGUAUCGCGGACGACCAGGCGGCAGCCGUCAUCGCUCCGCCUGGAACCGCCGGCAACCUCGAGCUGACGGGGUCCCUUAUUUUCCCCGGUUACUUCAAUAGCCCAGAAGCGAAUAGGAAGUCGUUCACGCACGAUGGCUGGUUCAGGACGGGCGACCUGGCGUCCAUCGACGACCCGCAGGAGAUCGAGACCGCACUGGAGGAGGCGGGCAAGGUCCCGGGUCUGGUCCCCGGCUUCACCUGCUGUUUGUCCGCCUUUCCCCCGAGGGGUGAGACGGAGACAGUCUGCGUGGUGUACCUGCCAGCCUAUUCUCCCGACGACACGGCCGCGCGAGUUGCAACAGCGGACGCCAUAGCCCGGAUUGCCAUGAUGGCGACAGGAUCGCGGCCCCAGGUGCUCCCUCUCGAUCAGUCCAAGCUGCAGAAAUCAGCCCUUGGCAAGCUAUGCCGCACCAAGAUCAAGACGGCCUUUGAAAAUGGCGACUACGCCUCCUAUCAAGAGGCCAACAGCAACGCCAUCAAGCUACACCGCGCCACAACGCGCGUCCACCCGGCCAGUGAGCUGGAGGAACGCCUGCUCGCACUCUUCAGAGCAUCCCUCGAGCUGCCCGAGGAGUUCGACGUGCAGUCCUCCCUGUUCGACAUUGGCAUCACCUCGGUAGACCUCAUCAGACUGAAAAAGCUCGUGGAAGAACGGCUUGGUCUCGCCCACGAAAUCCCCAUAGUCUCACUCAUGGUGAACCCAACCGUGCGCGGCCUCGCCACGGUCCUGGAAGACGGCCGAUGCAGGCGUCCAUCUGGCGAGUACAACCCAGUUGUCACGCUGCAGUCGCAGGGCGAAAAGACCCCUCUGUGGCUCGUCCACCCCGGCGUCGGCGAGGUCCUCGUCUUCCUCAAUCUGGCCAAGUUUCUUGUCGACCGGCCCGUGUACGCGCUGCGUGCGCGCGGAUUCAACGAGGGCGAGCAGCCCUUCGAGACAAUCGACCAAGUCGUCCGCACCUACCACGCCGCUAUCAAGCAGCAGCAGCCGCAAGGCCCCUACGCGAUUGCCGGCUACUCAUACGGCACAAUUUUCGCCUUUGAAAUCGGCAAGGUGCUGGAGGCGAACGGCGACAGCGUGCGCUUCCUAGGCUCCUUCAACCUCCCGCCUCAUAUCAACGCCCGUAUGCGCCAGCUGGAUUACCAGGAAUGCCUGCUGCACCUGUCGUACUUCCUCGGGCUGAUGACGGAGGACCGCGCCCGCGAACUAGCAGUGGCUCUCAAGGCGAAGGGUGCAACGCGUGAAGAGGCGCUGGCCCGGGUACUUGCGGACGCUCACCAAGCCCGCCUCGACGAACUGGGUCUCUCGCCCGCGGGCUUGACCAAGUGGGCGUCUCUGGCCUUUGCGCUGCAGCGGAUGGCGGUGGACUACGACCCCUCUGGCUCAAUCGCAGGUAUUGAUAUCUUCUACUGUAAUCCUCUGGCUGUGGCGGCGGCGUCCAAAGCGCAGUGGCGCAGUGAGCAUCUCAGUCGGUGGGAGGCAUUCUCGCGAUCGGAGCCGCGCUUCCAUGAUCUCGGGGGGGCGCAUUAUACCAUGCUGGGGCCUGAGCAUGUCUUCGGGUUCCAGAAGACGUUGAGGAGGGCGCUGGAGGCGAGGGGGAUUUAG